AUGGACUCGAUUGUGACGAAAAACCGGGGAAAUCGGUUUGUCCCGGUCAGUACUCCGGGUUUCCUUGAUACAUCAGUCCGUGAGACUGGUAGUUGCGAUACGGCCAAGAUCAUUCCGGUUCAAGAGACGCACAUGACUAAUCCAGUGCGAGUUGGUCGGCUAUCUAGUCUAUACCAUUUUGCUAAGCUUGUCCAACCUUUAUCCCUCUUAUUCACGCCUCGUCGUCACAGACUUACAGCAGCCCAGAUUCCCUUAUCACUCGAGAACAUGGCACAAACUUCCAACACUCCGUCAGUACUGGAGCAAGCGCAUGAAGCGGUCACUUUCCUACGAAAUCACUUGCCAUCCUCAUUACAAGCUCCUCGCAUUGCCAUAAUUUGUGGCUCUGGCCUAGGAGGGCUCGCCAACACGAUUGAUAGCGAGCCACGUGCCGAUUUCGACUACACAUCAAUCCCUAAUUUUCCACAUCUUACAGUUGCCGGGCACGCAGGAAAGCUGGUCUUCGGAAGCCUAAACGGCCAGGUCCCUACAGUUUUGAUGGUCGGCCGGGCUCAUUAUUACGAAGGCCAUACUAUUGACCGAGUAACAUUCCCCAUACGCGUUUUCAAGCUACUAGGCAUCCAUGCAAUAAUCUUGACCAACGCUGCGGGGGGGUUGAACCCAGACUAUAUGGUAGGAGACAUUGUGUUAUUGAACGACCAUGUAUUCCUUCCCGGAUUGGGAGGUAUCCAUCCUCUAAGGGGACCUAAUGCCGAAGAGUUCGGUCCUCGAUUCCCUCCUCUAUCGGAUGCCUAUGAUCUUGAUUUGCGUCGCCAGGUUCACAAAGCCUGGGCUACCCUGGAUAUAUCGGGUAACAGAAGUUUGCAUGAAGGUGUAUAUGCCUUCGUUGGUGGACCAAGUUAUGAAACUAGAGCAGAAUGUCGUAUGCUUCACAGGAUAGGCGCAGACCUGGUUGGCAUGUCCACAGUUCCAGAAAUUGUUGUUGCGAGACAUUGCGGCAUACGAGUCCUAGCGUUCAGUCUAGUGACAAAUAGAGCUGUUCUUGAUCCUGUCCCUCGAGGUGAUAAUGAUCUCCUCGACGGAAAGGAAGCUAGGGAGCUGGGUGCAAUCAUGCAGGAAGGGAAGGCGGAUCACCAAGAAGUCCUCGACGCCGGGCACUCUGCAGCAAUAGACAUGCAGAGGUUGGUGAUGAAGACGGUUGCGUUGGGUUUAAGCUGACCGACAGUCGGUAACCGUACGGUUUCAGGACAGAGAAGCCUGCCUGAAGAGCGCACUAGAAAACUCGAGC